CAAGUUCGGAAUACAGAGCCCUCUAUCGUUAACCUUUAACAUUUUCUCUUCUUUUACAACAUCAUCAAACCAAUCUGUUUGAGAACCGAAGAUGGGCGGCACAGAUUCUAAGCUAAAUUUUCGGAAAGCUGUUGUCCAACUUACAACAAAAACUCAACCUGUAGAAGCAGGAGAUGAUGCAUUCUGGGACCAGUUUUGGGUCGAUUCAGUAGCAAGUGUUAGUGAUGUUUUUGCCCUGAUACCAGCUGCGGAGAUCAGGGCAUUAAGGGAAGAGUCACCGACCAACCUGGCAACCUUAUGUUAUAAGGCUGUAGAGAAGCUAGUUGCAGCAGCAGAGUCUGGUUGUUCAUCUCCUAACGAUCAGCACAUCGUUCUUAAUUGUGUCCGACUUCUCACCAGAAUAUUACCGUACAUCUUUGAGGAUCCAGACUGGAGAGGGUUCUUCUGGUCAACAUUACCUGGUCAAUCAAGUGAUGAGGAAACGCAACCAUUAGCACAGUCAUUGCUUAACUCUGUGUCAGACCUUUUGUUUUGUCCGGACUUCACCGUGUCCCCUCACAAGAAACCAGGACCAGACAACCAUGAAGAUCUACAGUCAAUUGAUAGCUGUGAAUACAUUUGGGAGGCUGGUGUAGGAUUUGCUAACACACCCCCACGCUAUGCCCAGUAUGAUCUGAUUCGCUGUGAACUUCUUAAGCUUCUACUUACCUGCUUCUCAGAAACCAUGUAUCUUCCACCUAUCAGUGAUGCGCAUAACCAGCCUAAUCUAUGGAUAUCUUACUUCUGUUCUGCUGAAAAUCGCCAUGCACUUCCCCUCUUUACAUCAUUACUGAACGUAGUAUGCGCCUAUGAUCCAAUCGGGUACGGGGUACCUUACAACCAUCUCAUGUUUGCCGACUACCGAGAACCAUUGGUGGAAGUGGCGUCUCAGGUUCUGUGUGUCACAUUGGACCAUGAAGGGCCGCCAGCUUCACCGGUGUCGGUAGAUGGAACCGGUACCGGAGCUACCGUAGAAGGGUCCCAUGAGAGUGGUCCAGACAACCUUUUUGUGAAUUACUUAUCAAGAAUACAUAGGGAAGAAGAUUUUUGUUUCAUUUUACACGGUUUAACAAGACUUCUGAACAAUCCACUAAUACAGACUUAUUUACCUGGCUCCACAAAGAAGGUUGCAUUCCAUCAAGAGUUACUGGUUCUUUUCUGGAAGAUGUGUGACCACAACAAGAAGUUCCUCUUCUAUGUUCUCAAGAGUAGUGAUGUACUGGAUGUUCUUGUGCCAAUCCUCUACCAUUUGAAUGACGCCAGAGCUGACCAGUCAAGAGUUGGACUGAUACACAUCGGUGUGUUUAUUUUACUGCUGCUGAGCGGUGAGCGGAAUUUUGGCGUUCGUUUAAACAAGCCGUAUAGUGUGCGAGUUCCUAUGGACAUUCCGGUAUUUACUGGCACUCACGCAGAUUUUCUUAUUAUUGUAUUUCAUAAAAUUAUCACAUCUGGUCAUCCAAGAUUACAACCUCUAUUUGACUGCCUACUUACAAUCAUUGUCAAUGUGUCACCGUACCUUAAGAGCCUGUCAAUGGUGUCGGCAAACAAGCUUCUCCAUCUUUUGGAAGCAUUUUCAACGCCGUGGUUCUUGUUCUCUAAUCCAGCAAAUCACCAUCUGGUCUUCUUUCUCUUGGAAGUGUUUAACAAUAUAAUUCAAUACCAGUUUGAUGGAAAUUCAAAUUUAGUGUACACAAUUAUCAGGAAAAGGAAUGUGUUCCACCAACUCGCUAAUCUACCCACGGACCAAGUGUCCAUCAGCAAAGCUCUAGUGAAGCGAGGGCGUAAAAUGCAACACACACCAUCCACGGAGCAAGAACCACAGACAAUGGAGGGCGCUAUUCCCCCUAUUGAUGCAGAACCAGGGACAUUAAAGGCUUCUCUUGCAGCAACCCCAGGUGUUGAGUCAAUGACAGAAAAAUCCAAGUUAGCAGCCCCAGGACAGCCAAUGGUGGCAGCGGGCAAUGCUCAGAGUAUCCAGCCUACAUCCAGCCAGCAGGCCUCUCUUGCCUCUCAGGCUGCUCCAGUAAGUGAUACAGAAAGUUCAGUGGCUGAUGAUAGCAAAACGUCUCCUUUAAAAGGAGGCUCAACAGUAGCUGCAACCUUAGCGUCUAUGAGCCUAGAUGAAGGUCACCCCAGAAGGGCGCCCUCGGUUACAAGUACAACAAGUGGUACAACGCAGGGAGAUUGGAAACCUUCAACAGAUUGGGUACAAACAUGGAAACAGAAACUGCCUCUUCAGACCAUAAUGAGAUUACUUCAAGUUCUUGUCCCUCAAGUUGAGAAAAUCUGCAUCGAUAAGGGAUUGACAGAUGAAAGUGAAAUCUUGAAAUUUCUUCAGCAUGGUACAUUAGUUGGUUUACUUCCAGUGCCGCAUCCCAUACUUAUUCGUAAAUAUCAGGCCAACAGCGGAACGCAGAUGUGGUUCAGGACUUACAUGUGGGGCAUCAUAUACUUGAGGAACGUGGAUCCGCCAAUUUGGUAUGACACUGGCGUGAAGCUCUUCGAAGUACAAAGAGUCAAAGAUAUUAGCUAAAGCAAGAUGUAUUUUAUUGUUUCUAAUUAAAUCGAUUCAUUUUUUUAUGGACAGCAUUAAAAUGGUUUUUCUCUAUCAAUUUUUUAAUGUUUGCACAAACAAUGUGUAAAUAUGUGGUGAACAGCAGGUGUAAAUCAUGAGUUUCGAUUGAAGGAGUCUGUUGUAAGGUUGAAAAAACUUGAAUUGUCUCUGAAGAUCCAAAAUUGUCCAAAAAUAUCACCAACAUUUCUUUUUACAAUAUGGUGGUGAAAUUUUUGCUGCUUUUAAUAACAAUUUUGUUUUUAAAUAUUUAAUUUCUUGGUAUUCUCAAACUUUUUUGAUUUAAUGCCGGAUAGAAUGUCCGGUACAAUGCUAUUCAAGUUUAUGAUAUGAAUUGCAAUUUUUUUAUGACAAUUUUUUUUUUUAUGGAUUGAAUAUUUGAUAUUAAAAGAUUGUAAAUGAUUUUUUAUUAAAAUAAAAUCUGGCUAGAUGGAUUAUGUAAUAUAUAUGUCAAAUGUAUGCUCAAAUGAUGUGUUGAAUUUAGUUUUUUUUUUCUCAUCUUUUGUAUUCGUAUCUUGCUUAAUGACGUUAAGGAACCUGGAGCCCCCGAUCUGGUUUGAUACGGACGUGAAACUUUUUGAAAUUCAACGGGUGUAAAGGUUUUUUCUUGUUUUCAUGCAUGGUUAAACAUCCUUCAUUUUUACUACUAGAUUUUAAAAGUAGUGACAAUAUUUCACCCACAUUUCAUCUAUUAAUCUGUGUUAUAUUCUUAGUAGUUACCCCAUGUUUACCCGAGCAAUACUUUCCCUGUUAAAAUUACUUGCAUAUUCCACAAACUGUAGAAAUUUAGUGCAUUUUUUAUUUGAUCCCUCUAAAUUUUAGUUAAAUUAGUUAAAUAAUGUUGUAAUAUGGAACCAAUUUUGUCAACUGAAAUGCAUGUAUUGCGUAAAAAUAUAAGUGCAAUAUCUCAUAAUUAAGAGGUUUGUCACAAGUUGUACAUUCUCCAUCUAUUUUAAAUUAAAUGUUAUUCAUUCUAUCAAUAGUUUUAAGUAAGAUAAUCUCGGAAAAUAAUUUUUAAAAUUAGAAUAACACUAUUAAAACCAUGGAUUCUGUUCAUAUUUAACAAGUAAAUCAUACAAUUCUAUUUUGCUUGGUUAUCCAAUAAUUAAUUCACACAAAGUUAUGAAGCAAUUGAAUUUAAUUGUUUAUAAUAAUUAUCAAGUAUUUAGUUAUUGAUUUUGUAUAUGUAUAUGUUGCAUUAACUAAAAAUACCUUUAUUUAUUAUUUGUUAUUAUGUACCAAUUUUAUUUGAUAUCUAUUUGUGUGAAAUGUGAAGUAGUCUUGCAUGUUCGUUACCUGGAGUCUAUUUUGUAUAUACUUAAAUAAACCCCUCAAAAAUUAUAGAACCAUUCCAAGGGCACUGUAUACUAUGAUAUUAAACUAUUACAUAUUAAAUCACCACAUAUACAAUCUCAUUCUCUUUUCGCUAUGUUAGCAAAAAUGAAACCUGUUGACAGAUCCGAGGGCUUCAGUGCAUGUAAGACAGGUGGACAAAUUUUGGUAUCACCUGUCACUCCAUACUACCUUCGUGGGCCAUAAAUUUCCUUUAGUGCCCCCCUCCAUCUAUGAGCUAAUUUUCCCUAGUAUCUGCUCUCGCCCUCUCUCUGUCUGCCCCAUAUUUGCAUGUUUUCAGUGUUCAUCAGUGAGUAAUUGUAUACAGCAAUUGUUAGCCUUGUGUGUAAAGUUCCAUUUCAUAAAAAUCCUUGCUGUCUUCUAUCACUAAAGUAUUUUGUAAUAGUAUUCAGUGAAUUACCAACACAAGUCUACAGUAAGAAUUACAGAUAUAGGUAUUAAAACAUGUAGAUUGUGAAUGUAUUUAUUGUUUAUGGAGUGCAAUCUAAUGGAUGCGCUUCAUGAGUAAAAUAAAAGUUAUUUAUUCAUUAAUAAUAAAUAUGAAUAAUUUCUUGGUUAAAUCACAGUAUCUUGAUCAUUUUUAUUGUGAUUGGAGAAUGUUAUUUUAAUUAUAUAUUAUUUCUUUUAUAUUCUUACUGCUGUUUUUUUAACUAGUGUUCUGGUUUCUCCAAUAUAUAUUUUUUCACAUACUGUAUUUAGUUAUAAUUAACAUUACAAUCAUGAACUUGAGGGACCAAAUAAUUAUUGUUUACUUUUGUCAUACAUUACGGGGUUUUUAACACAAAAUACAGACUUCAGGAUUUGUUUAUUCUAGCCGUUUUUUGCUAUCCAUUAGGCAUUAAUAAUUUAAUGAUUAUUAACGACAUUGAUGCCUAACAUAAUCCAGUUUUUUUUUGAUAGAUAAUAAUUAACUACAUUAACUUUAUUCAUUUUUAAAUAAAAUGAUGAUGUAACAUUAUUCUUGCUGCUCAAUGCUGUGUAUAUGAUAAGUUGGAUUGUUAGAACAAGAUUUUUUUUAUACCUUGUUUCGCAAUGUGUCAUACCAGGAAUGUAAUUCAUUAUUAGCAAAGAACUUAAAUAGCAGAAGAAUGAGCUGUUCCGCGUAUUUGCAUUAAAAUUGAUGGAACAUUGGCCCUCCCGUGAGCGGGGUAAAAUUUGACCAUUUGACUGAGUGGAGAAACUACAUGAAACAAACGAACCAGCAUCUUUACUACUGAAUUGAUGUAUAGCGCCACCGUGCGGAUGGGGUAAAAUUGCUCUCCGUGUACCCACAAUGCAUUUCGAACGGAUGUUCCACUAUAUUGGGAAGCUGCUCUAUUCUGCUAUAUUUAUUGUCUUUGCCAUUAGGCACUACAUGUGUCUGAGACAUGCCAAAAAACCUAUCACAUCUCAUGAUCAGUAUUGAUUUAUCAUGUGGCUAGUAUUGACAUAUCUUGUCACUGAACACUUAAAUUGUUGCAUUAUGAAUAAUUUUAUUUUUAGUAUUAAUGGAGUAAAUUGCAUGGCUAAAUUGGACAUACUUCUAUAUUUUUAACAGACCGCAAAACUAUUUCCUGUUUGUUCAAAGCAUACACUGUGAUACUGCCUAAGAGUAUACUUGUGCUGGGGCAGAUCCUUGAAUUUUCUGCCAGGUGUCAGUCGGGUACCUAUGUUUUAAAUGGGAAGGGUUGGUGAUGUUUGGCCCCCUUAUUUUGCGGGGAGGGGUCCAAGGGGCUAAGUUUCUUGAAUGCUCAAGACUUAGCCAUAUUUAUCGCAUAUCUAAACAAUUUUGCGCUUGAUUUGUUUUCUGCUGCUCAAGGAUUUAACCAUUAUUAUUCUCACUUGAUUUUCUAUUUUCUGCUGCUGCUGGGGGUUGAAUCUCCCCUUUACUACCUCCUGGAUCCCCACCAUUGUUGUGUAUAUGUACAGGGUAAAAUAUUAUGUUCAUUUUACAA